AUGUCUGGUAUCAAUAAAUCAAAUAACGGGACCAUCCAACUUUAUAUGGGUGACUUAGACCCGUAUUGGAAUGAACAUGAUAUAAGAAAUAUAUGGAAACUGUUUGGUGAAUAUAAUAAUAAUAAUCUAGUAAAUGUAAAAAUGAUCAAACCAUCUACAUCCAAUAAUCCUACAAAUCCAUAUAAUAACGCUGGAUAUUGUUUUCUUCACUUUUCCAAUGAAAUAAGUGCCUCUAAUGCGCUAUUGAAAAAUGGUUUACCCAUUCCAAACACCAAAAAAUACUUAAAACUAAACUGGGCAAGUCAUACAGCUAAUAAUGCUACCACUAAUGUUGUUACUACAAAUACUUCUAAUAUUAAUAAUAUCACCAACAAUACUAAUAGCACUAAUAAUUUCACCCUUUUUGUUGGAGAUUUGUCGCCAAAUGUUAAUGAACAGGCAUUAGUGGAUUUUUUGGUUAAAUCAAAUAAUCUACAAUCUUUGCUAAAAGUUAAAGUAAUUUACGACCCUGUUACCGGAGUUUCUAAAAAUUACGGAUUUGUCACCUUUGGUGAUAUAAACGAUUAUCAAAUUUGCUUAGAUAAAGUUAACGGUAUGUUUUUAAACGGAAGAAAUAUUAGGGUAUGUGUCACUGGAAACUCUAACAAUAGCACCAUCGCUAAUACUAACAGCAGAAGUAACAACAAAAUCAAUAACACUAUAAAUGUUCCUAACCACCAUCAGUUAAUUUACAAUAUUUCGGCUCUAAAACAACCUAGUAGUACAGAAUAUACGGACCCUAAUAAUACCACUGUCUUUAUCGGUGGUUUAUCUUCUUUAUGUACUGAAAAUGAAUUACGUUCUUACUUUGAACCUUUUGGUGAAAUUGUUUAUGUUAAAAUACCAGUUGGCAAGGGAUGUGGAUUUGUUCAAUAUGUUGAAAGAAAUAGUGCGGAGGAAGCUAUUUCUAAAAUGCAAGGAUAUCCUAUAGGUAGUUAUAGAAUUAGAUUAAGUUGGGGUAGAUCUAGUUCUUCUGCAGGAAACAACAAUAAUAGUAUUAGUGGUGUUACUCCUAAUAGACACAGGCGCAACAACAGUAGUGUUUCCUCUACUAUCAGCAACAGCACCAUUAGUAGUGGUACCCCUCAGCCUACUACUCCUGAGAGAUUAUUUUAUCCAGCUAUUACCAACAGUAACGCUAAUAAUAAUGGAAUUCCUUUUAUUGAACAACAACAAGUAGGUACCAGCUAUUCUUCCCCGAUUAGAUAUGAAACAUUUUUGAACAAUAACGGCAAUAAUAUUAAUUCAUAUUUUGUUGAAGAUAAUACUAUGAAUGGAUAUUCUAAAUUAUCACCAUUACAUUAUAUGAAUACUGUUGGUAAUAACAGCAUCAAUAAUAAUUUGAGUUUUUAUUACUGCAAUAAUGGUGGCAAUAACUUAAAUCCAGAUUACAACACUAUGAGUGGUAACAAUGGUGCAAAUACUGUGAACAAUGAUGUGAGUAAUACCAUAGUCAAAAAUGAUCAACACUCCCAAGUUUAUUUAAACAAUAUCUCUUUGCAAGAACGUUUGGAAUUAGCAAGUAAUGGUUUUAUUUUUGCAUAA